AUGACUGAAGAAAAUUAAAAGCCUCACCUUCAAAAGUUUAAGACAUUCUUUACAGAAGCUCCAUCAAAAACCUUCUAAAGAGCUAAAACUUAAAGCCAAGCCUUUGCUUUUCGUAUUACUUAGCCUCUAACCUCAGUCACAAAACUGAAACGAUUUUUUCCUUAAUCUUAUGCAAUUCUAAAAGAAAAAACUAAUAAGAAAAAGGAGGGAUUUAAGAAUAAAUUACAAAAUUAAAUUGAUGAUAAUAUCCCUAAUUAUUCUAAAGUUUCAUCUCUUGGAAAAUUUAAAGUUCUGCCCAAAAAAGAAUCUGGAUAAAUUGAGGUUAAAAAUUCAUUUAAAGAUGAUCAUCUUAAAAGAUGUAUGACUCCUUAGAGUAGAAUUGAAAAUAAUUGUAAUUCUAGUUUAGCUAUAUCUUAAUUAGAAGAUUAAUUAAUUGAUAGAAAUGCCGCAUCCUUUGCAAAUAUGACUCUUGAAUUAUCAAUGAAUACAAAUGUAUUAUAAUAAAUAGCUCUACCCUCUAAAGAGACUAAUUAAUCCAAUAGAGAACUAAACUUCGAUGCAAUAUCAAAUGCAAUAUUAGAGAAAUCAGAAUCAUAAGAAAAUAUAAUAUUAGAAUAAAAUUAAAAUGAAAUGAUAAAAUUAUAAGAAUAUAAUGAAGAAAAAGAUGGUUAAAAUAAAUGGGAAUAAGUUAAAAAUAAGGCUUAGGCUUAUAAUGCUGUUACAGAAACAUUUAGAAAUAAAAAUAAAUUUUUCAGAUUUUUUUCGGAUGCUCCACAAAAAAUUGCUUUGAAAACAAAAAAAACUCAAUAAAGAUUGGAAGAAAAACUAUUAAAUAAGCCUUCAUUAAUAUUAGAAAAUCAAAAAUAAGUUUCUUAAAAUGAUGAAAUACAAUUAAUAGAAUCCAAUAAGAUUGAAAAUGAAUAGUAAUAUGACUAAUAAAAGGAAAUUAAAAUAGAACAGAGUUUAUAACAUGAUGAAAAUAAAACUGAGAAUUUUCAAUAACAAGAGUUAGUAUUAUAAAAUGAGGAAUCAUAAUAAUUAAAGUAUAAUAUUAAUGAUAAAAAUGAAAAUAAUAUUUAAAAUAAAAAAGAAAAUAAUAUUUAGAAUUAAUAAAAAAUACAUUAAAAAAGUGUUGUUAAUUUUAUAUCAAAUAGUGGUACUUUAAUGAAAAAAAAAACUAUGGAAAUGUUUUAGUAAAUAGAAAACAAGAUUAAAUUAUAGGAAGGAUAAAAAGUUAAUGUUAAAAAAUAAUAAAAAAAUGAUGUUGAAAAUUAUAACAAUGAUAGUGUUCAAUUAAAUCAAAAUUUUUAAAUAGAACAAACCAAUAAUAAAUUAGUUAAAGAAGAAAUUCAACAUUAAAAGCAAAUUUCUGAUCCAGAUGAAUAUGAAUAUUAAGUUGAACCUUAUUCAGAAGAAGAAUUAAAAAUUUCAAAAAAAUCUUCAAAUACGAUAGGAAAACAUAAUUAAUUUAAUUAUUAAGAUGAAAAUUCAAAUUAAAUCAAUGAUUCUUAAGUAAACAGUAGAGGAGAAUUAUAUUCUAAUGAUAAACUCCCUUAAGAAAUUACACACAUUGAAAAAAAAUCAUUUCAUUAAGAUAGUUUUGAUGCCAGUCAAAUGUUUGAUAUUAUGCAAUAAAAGUCUUAAGAAACUUAAAGUUAAAAUUAGAAAAGUAAAAUUACUAUAUAAGAUAAUUAAUCAAACUAAUUAACUAGUAAAUUAUUUAAAUAAGAUGAAUUAAGAUAAUAAUAUGAAGAAAUUAAUUUAGAGAUUUAAUAAUUACAGUAAGAAAAAUAAUAAUUGUUGCCAAAAAAAAAGUAAAUAUUAUAUGGUAGAUUAGUAUUUUAAUUAAAAGUACAUUCAAACCUAAUUAUAAGAAAAUGGCAGAAAUAUCUGAUGAUAAUGAAGCACUUUAUAAAGCAAAAGAUUUAAUCAGAAAAAUGAACCAAAAAAGAAAGGAAAAAGAAGAGAGAACCAAAAAGUAACAUGUUAAAAUUGAAGAAUAUUUCCAUAAUUUAUAAUAUCUAAAAGAAAGUUAAGAGGUAAAUUUCUAUCUAUAAUAUUUAGGAAAUGAAAAAUAGGUAUGAAUAACAAAGGAAAUUAUAAAUUUAAAAUAGAAUAGAGGACUAUUAAAAAAAAUAAAAAGAAUUUGCUCAACUUCAAUAAAUUAGUCAUAAUUUUGUUUAAAAAUUAAUAUAUGUAGGUCCAUAACAGGGUUAACUUGCUAAAGAAUUUGAAGAUAAUGUUAUUUCUAUAAAAGGAGGAUAUAGAAAAUUUAAAUUAAAGAACUUGGGUAUUGAAUUACCAAAAAUUAAUGAAAACAAUAAUAAUGCUAUGUUUAGAAGGUAAAAUUAGUUAUUAAUAAUAGAUAUAUGAAUGAAGAAUAAGUAAAGUCUAAAUAAGAUGAAAUGAUUAAGAAAUAUGAAGCAAGUAGAUAAGCCCUUUUUAAAUCAACGGAUUGAA